AUGGACGUGGAGCAGUGCGCGCUCAACCUCUUUCAAUUUCGAGUGCUGCCCAACUCAUACAUCCUUCUUUGUGCAGACAGACUGAACUUCCUUUUAGUACCGGGGAGUGAGCCCAGGCGGCUUCCAGCUCUGCUCAGGCUUUACUUUGAGGAAACCCGGCGCGCUCCCCAGGCUCCUGCCGGGCGCCGGGUACGGAGGCUGGGGUCUGGCGCGGGACCGGCCAGGGUCCGCGGCGCCGCGAGAGCCUCCUACCCAGACGCCACUGCGCGGCGGCGUUCGUGGGGCCAGGCCUAUAGGCACCCAGGAGAGGCGCGCUUCCGGCGGGAGGAGCGCGCUGGGCGGCACUUCCGGCGGAGGAGCGCGCUGGCGGCACUUCCGGCGGGAGGAGCGCCCUGGGCGGCACUUCCGGCGUCCCCUCGAGCGGUGUUUCGCACGCUCGCGCGAGUCCGAGACCUGAACUCCGGCCCUCCCGCCGCUGGCUCGGCUCGAGGGAGCGGCCGGAAGGCGGUCCUUCCGCUGGCAGGCUGGACGGCGCCGCUGUGGCCGGGAUGGCCGCAGAGUCCGAUGGCGGCGGCCGCGCCGCGGGACCCGGCCCGGGUUCUUCUUGCUGCGGAGGCAUGUAUGGUCCCUGUACUGGGCUCUGUGACCUUUGAGGAUGUGGUUGUAUACUUUUCCCAGGAGGAAUGGAAGUUCCUUGAUGAGGCUCAGAGAAUACUAUACCGUGAUGUGAUGCUGGAGGUCUUUGCACUUGUUGCCUCUCUGGGUGCUACAGGUGACAAGGCUGGGUAUACUAUUUCCUUUCACAAGUAUCCCGAACAUCAGCUGUCCUGAUGCCUUUUCAGUGAAGAUUUGUGGAUCAGGAGACUUGGAUUUAGUCCGGUGGAUCCCAUCUGUCUUAGCCAUUUCCUGCUAGGAUGACACUGUACACCAAUUCCACCUCUGUGCUUUGGAUUCUCCCCACUUCUAAUUGAUAUUUUCUGGGGUCUGAUUGUACAAGGAAUUGUAGAGACCCAACAUAGUCACAUUAGUAUGAACCACUUGGCUUUUUCUGUAGAAGGCUUCUCAGAAAUUUAUUAUGUAAUACUAAUUUUCUUUCCUGAGAUUGUUCUGCAAUGGUUGCCCUCAACCAGUGCUGAACUUUUGCCUGAACUUCUCCUUAGGACUUGCAUCAUCUGGGUCCCAUGCCAUUGUCACACUGGAGCUGGGAGGAGAUUCCUGGGUACAUGACAAAUUGGACAUGACUCCAUGCAUAGCAAGAGGGUCUCAAAGCAGGCCUUGCCCUGGUGAUUGGCAUCAGGGGAAGAAUGUGAUAUCAAUAGCUGUGUUCAGAUCAUUACAGGAACAUGUUUUGUGCCAGAUACUGUUUUGGUGUCAAGGCCAGGGACUGUGUACCUCAUUUCUGGCUCUUCUCAUUCCUGAUAUUUUGUCUACCUGUCAUUUCUACUCUUGACUUUUGACCAGGAUUAUCUCUCACAUCUCUCUCUUCUGCUGCCUAGACUUCUGUCUCUCCUCUCUUUUCUCUUCCUGUCUGUUGCUUCCUGUGCUAUGCUGUCCAGUAUUGGUCUACUCUUACUGGGUCAUGAGGUUUACACAUAUCCUUAAAAUAGUCUUGAAUACCACCUCCUCAGUUACAGUAGGAUUUUCCUGGGCCUGAACAUACUCUUCCACAAAGCAUGCAUGUAUCACCAGCCAUCCACUACCCUGGUGAAAACUGUUUACAGAGGAGUAAGGUGUAGAUUUUGCCUCUUCUUCCUGCACUACAACCCAUCCUUGUGUUCCUACUCUGUGACAUUUACAGGCCCAGUACUGUAUACCAGCCCCAUUACUCAGCCUGGACCCAUCUCCCUCAUUCUGAAAACAGUCCCACAGCUUUGUUCCUUGGAAUGUUGAACACACAUUUGAGAUGGUGCUGCCUCUUCUUACCAAUGUUAAUGUGUAUUUCACUAGGAUUUCUCUGU